ACUACGUCCCUUUGGAUGUUUUGCGUCACUAAAUAAAGAUGGAAGCCACCAGGACGGAUCAUCGUAUUUGCUGGCGUUUUCUGAUAAAAUAAUGAACAUGGUGUGAUUUAAACACGAAAUGAGUUAAGAAUAGUAUUGUCAUGGCAUCAGGAUUACUGGGAAGACUCGCAGGACUAUCCAGAACAUUUUUCGCAGGACUUCACACGGAGUUACAGUUGAAAACACGACCCACAGAAUCUUUACACUUGGUGACAGGAUCGUCUGGCUUUUCUAAGACAAUUUCUCAAUCACCGACCUUUAAACAAUGGACUUAUGGUGAUGAUGCAUAUUUUGUGGCCAAAAAUAGGACCGCUGAUGUUAUAGGAGUAGCUGAUGGUGUGGGAGGAUGGAGGAAUUAUGGGAUAGAUCCCUCUGCAUUCCCAAGAUCUUUAAUGGAAACCUGUGAAAGAAUGGUGAGAGAAGGCAGAUUUAAUGCUCAGGCCCCAGCCACUGUCAUUGCUGCAAGUUACUAUGAACUCCAGGAAAUGAAAACUCCACUUAUAGGUAGCAGUACAGCUUGUAUUGUGGCACUGCAUAAAAAAGAAAGACGGAUAUACACAGCUAAUUUAGGAGAUAGUGGUUUCCUCCUCAUCAGAGAUGACAAGGUUGUUCAUCGCUCCCAGGAGCAGCAGCAUUACUUCAAUACUCCCUUCCAGCUAGCGGUAGCCCCACCCAGCCAGGCGGGGCUUGUCUUGAGUGACAGCCCUGACAUGGCAGAAAGCUCAUCAUUUGAUGUAGAAGAAGGGGACAUUAUACUACUAGGAACAGAUGGUUUAUUUGACAAUAUGAAUGAAGACAUGAUUUUAGACUGCUUAAGUAAAAUGAAGGAUCAGAGAGACUCUGAAGUCAACGUUCAGCGGACGGCACACCAUAUAGCAGAGGAAGCCUAUCAGCUCUCAUUUGAUCAAGAUUACUUGUCACCUUUUGCUUUAUCAGCACAACAAAGAGGAAUAGAUCUCAAGGGAGGGAAACCAGAUGACAUCACAGUGUUACUGGCUCGCGUGUCAUCCUGUUCUAAUGAUCAGAAUGUGGAAAUAUGAAAUAAUCCUUCACUGAAUGUGAGACUGUGAUUUUUAGCUCUGAUGGUCCAGAGGAGCUUAUGCAUUAGUGAAAUGGGUUUUUUUUUCUUCUGUUUGUCUGUAUGUCUGUAGUCCAUUUUAGAAAAUUCCACUCCUUGUACAAUUGUUGCAUGAAUUGACAGAAACCUGUCACAAAACUAGAUUCCUUGUUAUAGAUACUUAAUUCCAUGCAUAAACUUUAGUUAAAUUGAAUGUUGUUGUCACUGUUACUGAAAAUAGAAUGAAAAAAUUCUACUGAACAUAUUGGAACAAUUUUUUUUAAUGAAAAACAUUUUUAUUUUUAGAGAAAAUUCAU